GUUAGCUUUUCCCAUGAAACUAUAUUUUGAAAAUAUAAUGGAUUUAUUGUUGCAGAGGUGAGGUUUUGUAAUUCUGCUUUGGGAGCUUCUGUUCAGAAUGGCGAGCACCAAAAAAUUCGGAUUUCCUUGGCCGGAAUUCAACGACGGCCUCUCCUACCACGACGUCGUUCGACCCUCCGAUUCUGGGUUGACACUGAUAGAGUUUUACUCUAGCAAGUACAAGAGUUCAGCUCCCUUACAAGGUUGGUUGCAGCGUAUAAAAAGUGAGCAGAUAACAAUCGAUGGAAGAGUUGUUACUGAUCUCAACACAGUCCUCAGAGUUGGCUCAAAGCUAGUUUAUCAUAGACAUCCAUGGAAGGAACCCGAUGCACCACACAUAAUUGAAGUCUUGUAUGAAGAUGAUGAUAUAAUUGCUCUGAAUAAACCUUCUGGCCUGCAAGUUCUGCCUGGGGGUCUCUUUCAGCAAAGGACUGUUUUAACACAGCUUCAAUGGGAAGCCAACAAUCGGGGUACCUUUGAAGCACACCAAAGGCCUCAUCCUGUUCCGGUACAUCGCCUAGGGAGGGGAACUUCAGGAAUUUUAUUAUGUGCAAAGACAAAACUAGCCAGAGCUCAUCUUGCAUCUUAUUUUGCUGAUGGAACAUCUCACAUUGGAGGAAAAAGAGAUACAAACCAGGAGCCUGGGAAGAUUGCAAAGAUAUACCGAGCACUUGUGAGUGGGAUAGUUGAUAAUGAUAAGGUGACUAUUAAUCAACCAAUUGGAAUGGUAAAAUAUCCUGGUGUUGCUAAAGGGUUGUAUGUUGCUUCUCAAUCAGGAAAACCAGCGCUCAGUGUAGUGGACAUUCUAGAGAGAGACAUACAAAAAAACAGCACAUUGGUCCAGGUCAAGAUUCAGUCUGGACGGCCACAUCAAAUCCGCAUUCAUCUUUCUUUCAUAGGACAUCCUCUGUUAGGCGAUCCUCUUUAUGAUGUUGGUGGGCAACCUAAAUGCUUAGAUUGUGACUUUGUGGAUGAGACUUUUGCUGAAGAUGGGGGUUAUCAAAGGCCUCACAAACCAGUUCCUGGAGAUUGUGGCUAUUAUUUGCAUGCGCAUAAAUUGUUUCUCUCCCAUCCAGUAACUAAUGAGUUUAUUGAAAUCAUUGCACCCCUUCCUUCCAUCCUCCAGACAUCGAAAGAGGCUCAGGAAAUUAAUAUUACACAGCAAACAACUGAUUAAGCUGUUGAAGUUGGUUGACUCCGAGGAAAUGGAAAACAUGGAGAGGAAGGUUUUAAGAUGGGUCAUCUCAUCAGUUUGAAGGUAAACUGUCUUGCAAUUAUAGCAAAUUACCAUUGAACGAUCUGAAACUUAAAUUCGCGAAUGAGGCAAACUAUACAGCAUUAAGUAUGAAUCACCAGGCUGUUUAAAGUCAGUCUCAAACCUUUUUAUAGCCAAUGAAUCUGCUAGAAGUAUCAUAUUCUCUAAUGUCAUAUCGUUUUUAGGAACUCUAAAUAUACGCCAAGUCGGUCCACUGCAUAAUGUUUUUAAAUUGCCGCACCAUAAGACUUUGAG